AUGUUGAAAUAUGAAAAAGAGAGGAUUAUUGGUAAUGGUUCGUACGGAAAUGUUUGGCUUGUCAACUCACAGGCUGAUAAAAAGAAAUAUGUUAUGAAAGAAAUUAAAUUAAUUUCAAUGAAUGCUGUUGAACGGCAACAAGCUAUGAUGGAAGCCACACUUCUGUCCAAAUGCAGACAUAAAAACAUAAUAAAAUAUAAGGACGCCAUCCAUGACCGUCCCAGAAAAGUGCUGCAAAUCGUCAUGGAGUAUGCAGAAGGAGGGGAUUUGCAUUCAGCAAUCGUUAGGCAAAAAGGAAUUCCCUUUAAAGAACACACGGUUAUCUCUUGGUUCAUUCAAAUAAGCUUAGCUUUGCAAUACAUCCAUUUCCAGAACAUUCUACAUAGAGAUCUAAAGACCCAAAAUAUUUUUUUGACCCUAACUAACUUUAUAAAAAUUGGCGACUUCGGCAUAGCUCGAGUGUUGCAAGAUCCUACAGAGUUGGCGACGACGGCGAUUGGUACUCCAUACUACUUGUCUCCAGAAAUCUGCCAGCGAAAACCGUAUAAUUACAAGAGUGACAUGUGGGCUUUAGGCUGCAUUCUGUUCGAAAUGUCAGCGUUAGUGCAUCCUUUUCAAGCGUUUAGUUUCCCUCAUCUCCUAACAUUGAUUCUCAAAGGCAAGAGGAAAGAGCUGCCGAAUCAUUGUAGCCCAUUAAUUGCUGAACUUGUGGAUUCUCUGUUAUGUGUAAAUCCUAACAAUCGUCCGUCAACUGAUGACAUACUUUCUAGAACGGAGUUACAGCCUUAUCUAUCUGAAUAUUUAGCUAUAUUUGAUAAUGAUUUAAUAUCUACCCAUCGUUCUGAGGGGCUCCAAAAACCCGUACAGCAGCAUCGACUUUGCGAAGAAAUUCGAGAUUCUGCUGGAAGUUCGGGAGCUAAAAGUGAAAGAACCAAGUUUGAAAACAAAUUGAAAGAUUUGUUUGGUGUAGCGCUUUUUGAUCAAUUAUACGAAGCUCUUUAUUCACGUUGGGAAACAAGGGAACUUGAAGAAUCGGAAAGUGCUGUCAAGACUAUUAUUGAUUCUUUGAAUUAUAAGCAAAUUCAAAGCCUUCCUCUAAUGAUGCAACUAAUUCAGCUAGAUAUUCUUAAAAAGUAG